UCUUGUCUCCCUUGCAGGCUAGGCCCUAGGACGCUUGUUUGCUCCCUGAGGCCGGUGGACCUGCUCCUUAGUCGGGGCGUCAUGAGGGAGUGCGUGCCCUCCCUCUGGUACCGGCGGAUGUCCUUAAUCUAUGCCCUUGGGGCCUGGACCUUGGUGGGCUCCAUUUGCAUUUCAAGCUGGAAGAGGAAGCAGACAUUAGCCAAUGAAGAGGUACUUAAAGACGAAGACUCUGUUGAGAAGGCUGAAUCCAGAAGAGGAUUUUAUGUGGAAACAGUUGUGACAUAUAAAGAAAAUUUUGUACCAUUUAGUACUAGAUUCUACAACUACUGGAAAUCGUGGAGUAAUGGGCCUGGUCCAUCAGAAUGACUAAUUUCUUUAAUGCUCAAAUCAGGAUUUUGGCAUGGUGUAUAAAUUUGACAGAAGAAUUUACUUAAAAGCUUAAGUUUGUUUAAAAAUAUGUAAACCUUUAUAAUGUUUACAUUUGAUUUUACUGUAAUACUAUACAAUAAAUAUUUUCCUUGAGACAA